AACCAAAGUCGAUUGACUCGAUUACCAUUCCUGGGACGUAUUGUACGUUACAGUUACGAGGCUCGCUCUUUCUUCUGGUGGACAUAUUUGCCAUCCACAUCUCCGUUCUUUCAAUUCCAGGUUCCCCUCAUAGAUUAAGUAGGGUUCUGCAGGAGCUCUACAUUCGCACCGUGUGCAGCGAGAAGCUGGUCCUCUUUUGUGUAGGCGACACUGACCCAAGGCCUUCAACCACCAUGCCCGUAUCACAGCGGCGGCAACGACAGGCUGUCCAAGAUGACGAAGAUGAGGAUAUGCGACAAGCACAUAGCGAUGUGGAAAACGACGGCAACACGCCGAUGGAGGACGACGCACAAGAGGAAAGAAUCAACCAAACGGUAAAGAGCCUGGUGCGCUAUGCGCUCGCCUGCGAGUUCUCGCGUACGCCCAUCAGGCGCGACGGUAUCCGAGAUAGAGUCCUUGGAGAGAACGGCAAAUCUUUCAAGAAAGUGUUUGCUCGUGCGCAGAAGCAGUUACGCGCAACAUUUGGCAUGGAGAUGGUAGAACUUCCCAUAAAAGACCGAAGCCUCAUGACCAGGGAGCAAAAACGAAGAGCGGCCAAGUCGCAGAGUCAACAAGCGACAACUUCAAAUAGCUACGUCCUUGUCUCUGUCCUACCUGAGCAGUACACGGUACCGGCAAUCAUUACGCCCUCCAAAGUCCAGUCCGCAGAAGGCGAGGCAUCCUACGUUGCACUUUACACAACCAUAAUCGCCAUAAUCACGCUCAGCGGCGGCGGACUCAGCGACCCGCGACUGCGGCGACACCUCACACGGCUGAACCUGGCCGAAAACAUGCCGAGCAUGAACCCCAAUGACGAGACGGCCCCGAGCGAAAAAGCAGACGUGGUCCUGCAGCGCAUGAUCAAGCAGGGGUACCUCGUGAGGGUGACCGAGUCAAAGACAGCAGGGGACGAAGAAGCCACGACGUGGUACGUCGGGCCGCGCGGCAAGAUCGAAGUUGACAAGGAGGCAGUUGCAGCUUUCGUGCGCAAUGUGUACGGCGGGUCCAGCGAUGAGCUUGAAAAGAAACUGCAGGUCAGCCUCAAGGUGAAGGAGAGGAAACCGGAGGUGUUCGGGGAAGGUGCUGAGGAAGCGCCGGAUGCCCCGCCAGAUGGCGAUCCUGGGCCGAGCAAUCGCCGGAGGGGAAGGAGAAGGCAGGCAGAAGCUGAAGAGGAAGACGAAGACGAUGAUGAGUAGAUUUACCCGCCUGUGACAGGGGCGGUAUGGCCCUUAUGGACCACGUUAUAUUCCUUUCUGUGCUAUGACUACAGAUAGGGUCAUCCAAACGCUCCACGCGUCGCUUCUCGUUGAGGCUGACAAUCCUCGUUCCUUCCCUCUCGGCGCUAUUGAAUGGAGCAGCCAAGUGUGUAGCGGAGUCGAUGGACUCGACAGAUCGAGUGAACCUGGCCUUGGGGCCAUAUGUCCCACGGGGUUUUCGGGACCGUGGCCGCGGCCCGGUUCCCCUUCCCGCU